ACAGUUGCUUGAAGCAGAAAAAGAAAGCUCAUUUAGUUAAUACUUUUCCUUGCAUUUCCAAAUUCGGAAGUUCAUAAAGCAAGUGAUUUCCUAAAAUACUUGAUACUAAGAGCGAAUAUCCUUUUCUUGAAAUAUACUCUUUUCAAGUCAAAAGCUUUGUUUAACUGAAACUUAAACUGAUUUACUGUUUGGGUUUUUUUUAAAAUGGAUUUUUUAGUUCAAGAUUAUGAUAUGGUUGAUUCUGGGUCGGUUUCUGAAAGUGGAACUGAUCGUCCGGUGAAUUUUUCCGAUGACUAUGUGAUGUUAGCUUCGAGUUAUCCAAAGAGGCGAGCUGGGAGGAAGAAGUUCCGGGAGACUCGACACCCGGUGUACCGUGGAGUUCGCCGGAGGAAUCCCGGGAAGUGGGUUUCUGAAGUGAGGGAGCCUAAUAAGAAGUCGAGGAUUUGGCUUGGAACUUUCCCGACGGCGGAUAUGGCGGCGCGUGCUCACGACGUGGCAGCUAUAGCACUGAGAGGGAAGUCAGCUUGUUUGAACUUCGCUGACUCAGCUUGGAAUCUUCCGGUCCCGGCUUCUUCCGACCGAAAGGAUAUCCAAAAGACGGUGGCGGAGGUGGCGGAGACUUUCAGAACGGCUGAGCAUUCGAGCGGGAAUUCUAGAAACGAUGCAAAGAGAAGUGAAAACACGGAGAUGGAGAAAGGGUUUUACUUGGACGAAGAAGCGUUGUUUGGGACACAAAGAUUUUGGGCAAAUAUGGCUGCCGGUAUGAUGAUGUCACCUCCUCGUUCCGGUCAUGACGGAGGAUGGGAAGAACAUGAAGUCGAUGAUUAUGUACCUUUAUGGAGUUAUUCUAUUUAAAAGUAAAUUUUUUCAGACAUUUUCAAGCAUUCAUUGGAAUUUUUAGUUCACAGAAAUCGCCACCGGCAAUUGCCCUUUAUGUUUUGUACGUACAACGAUUUUUUUGGAUUGUACGGGUAGUGCUGUAAGUAAAAAGAUUAAUGUGUAUAUAUACGUCAUAGCUUCUCCAAACAAUAAAUUUAUAGCUUCAUAUCUAUUUUACCAUUGA